AUGUCGAAGAGUGUAGAACUUCUCACCAUCGAUGUGGACAAGCUAUUCAAGCAGCACAAUGUUGUCGAAUGCGAUGCCGUUCACAAACGACUGCAAAGCGAGAUAGAAUUGAAGCGUGAAGAGCUUCGAACUAUGGUUGGGGAACGGUAUCGUGAUCUGUUGAAGGCGGCUGAUACGAUCGGCGAAAUGAAACAAACGGCUGGAUCGAUCAUCGAAAACGUCGAUCGCAUUACGGUGCGGUGCCGGCAGCUGAACGAUCACAAUCUAAUUGGAUUCCGCUCUGGAAACGAUUACCAGCAGUCACAGAAAAAACAUCGCGAUCACAGCUUUCACGGUGUGAUUGUGCAGAUCAAGCUGCUCACCAGUUUGCCGGAGCUGAUAUGGAGCAGCGUCGAUCGGGAGGACUACUUUGUUGCCACACAGCUCUUCCUCUUUGCGCGGCACGUUUCAACCGGCUUGAACCUCGAUUCGGAGCGUGAGAUGAUGCGCAAGUUUCCGGUCGCUGCCAAACAGUGGCAAGUGUUGGGGCAGUUUUUCUAUACAAUUUCGCAGGCCUGCCUUGAUGCGCUCGGUCGCGAGGAAUUGUCCAUGCCGGUGGCGUCAAAGAGUCUGGCCAGCUGGCUGCUGCUCGAAGCGUGUGCCGUCGAGAGCACGUUGCUAACGUUCACAGAGCGUCGUUCGAAAGCGUUUCUAACCGUGCUGGACGAGCAGGGCGGAACCGAGAGAUACGAGUUUAUAAAGGAUAAACUGCUGGCCAGCCUAAAGGUGCUCAUCGGGACUGUUCAAUUGUUUUACGAAUGCUUUCUCGAUGACGGUGCCUCGAACGAUGGCGAAACAAUGGGAGGUUUUCAGCGUGAACUGCGCCAGAUUACAGACGAACAGGCAGCACCGACAAUCGAACUGAUCAAAUCGGAAGAUCCCAUGAUUCUGCAGAUGGUCCCGGAACUGAUUGCCAAAUUUCGGCCCCGUCUGCAGCAGGUUACGGAGCUCCGCGAGCCAGAGAUACGCAACGGAGUGAAAGCUUUUAUUACCAGCAUCGAAACCGCCGUCAGCGAUCGUUUGCGUCGCCUGGUGAGCAUCGUUCCGUCGAUCAAAACACUGCACGAUAUCAAAACACGGGCGCACGCAAUCGAGAAACCCCCCAACUGGGCCACUGUCACUAGUCGACUAGGGCUAGAGGAAGGCGUCGACUUCUACGCUAGCUUCUACCAACGACUAAUCAACGAUCGCGUCCAGUACAUCAUCAGAUCGUCCUGGAGUGCGAUGGUCAGCCAGACGACGGCCGAUCUGAUGCAGCUACUCGCCACCGAUAAGACGAUCAGUUCGGAGCUGAAGUCAUUCGUUUGGCGUGAAUCGCUCGAGGAUGUACCAGCAAACUUGCAGGCUGCAAUUGAGCGGUCGAACCUGGGCGCUCGGAAGCUGCUGAUGAAAGCGCGUGCCUAUCCACCGGAAUUCGUUGCGGUGCUCGAUACGUUCAACGCCCGGCUGAAUGGUCUCACGUUAGAUGUAGACUCCUUUUUGGCGACUUCAAGUCGCGCCGAGAUUGAAGAUGUACUAGCGUACUUUCGUGAGUGCUGCGUAGAAGGCAUUGCCGAGCUGGUGACGGCCGUCAAGCAGGCAAGAAUUGAACCGAAGACGGCCGAACAGUAUGCAAUGUUAGCCCGCUUCCUGAACGCUGUACGCGAACUGUGUCCGGCGUUACGCGAAUGUUUUCUUCCCAACUGCACCUUGUCCGGGGACGGAAUGCGUUUGCGCCAACGAAAAUCAUCCUCCGCUGUCACCGUAUCGGAGGAGGAUCCGGAACGGUGGGCUAAAGUGGCCGGAUUGCUCGAGGAAGAAAGCCUCCGCUUCUGGGACACUUGGGUGACAAAGUUUCACGAAAGCUGGCAACCGAUCCCGGUUGACGUCGGCUCCGCGACGCUGUUGAAUGAUUUUCCCGUGUGGGAAACUGUGACGAUUGAGGAAAACGACGAGAACAAUCAACCGAUCCAGUCGACGAUCCGUGUCCCGUCGUUGCCGAGCAUUCCGUUGCAGCAUUUUCUACACCAUAUCGCCACGCAGAUUAACGAUGCCGUCCCGCAAACCAUUCCCAAGUCGGUCGUGCUACAAGUUGGCGAACGGGUGGCGACUGAUUUGCUACGACAUUAUGAGCGGUUAGCGGCCGAUGAAUUCACAGCAUCGAACCAGAGCAUCGCCCUGCAGUACUAUUUGGAUCUGCGAUUUGUCCAACUGUUGUUCGUUGCCCGAGAACAGAAACAGUUGCAGGAGCAGUACAAUGGGCUGAUCACACGAUUCAAGUGCCUCAUUGAUCCGUUUGAUUUCGAUGUGUUCUACGCGCACUUGAAUACGAACGUGAAACGUUCCGUUGCGAGGUUACAGCACUUUCUCGGGGUACUCGUUUGCCAAAGCGGACAGCAGCUGGCGUCGAUCAUUGGCGGUACUACGGGCUCGGUUGGCGGCAAGGUGGCAUUCGAAAAAAAUCCAAACAUUUUGGCACUCAGCUCCAACAGUUUAAACGUGGCGUGGUUCCCAUUACUACCGGUCGUCGGCAAGGACAGUACAAUGGCCAUCACAACACUAACUGCUCUUCCAGCAACCCAAACGGAGGUUAAGGACCCAACGAAAAAGCCAUCUGCAUUGAAAGUUGAUGAGCCUAUGGCAAAAGGGACAUUUAAUGCCGGUACCUCGAAGCAGCCGAAAGAGCAAUCGGCCAGUACGUCGUCGUCAUCGUCUGCGGCUACUGCACAAAACUACGCCAAAGGAGCAGCAGCAUUCUUUGGGUUGGACAAGGACUGGUUCCGAUGAGCUGUACUGGUUGUACCAUAACGGGCAACUUUUAAA